AUGCAAGACGUUGAAUAUGAUGAUUCCGACUCCGGCUUUCAACCUUCCGAUAGUCAAGCCCCUGCUUCAUCAUCGACACAUGUAAAGGAAAUAUGUUCAGUGUCUUCAUCAAUAGCAAAGAAUAAAUGGAGGCCGCUUGACCCCGCCGUCGAAACGAUUUGUCAACAAGCUGUUACGAAAUUCUGUACCAGCUGUCUUGGCACAUGUAAACAGAACGCCAUGGAGGACGAAACUGCAGACUCAAUUGGACAAGUUGAUUUUACGGUAAAUAAUAGCAGAUAUGUUGCUUUCUCUUUUGCUUAUCUGACAUCCUGUUUAUAUCCCACUAGAAUAAGUAAAUCUUUGGAUACCGUAACUGUUCCAAGGCUACAAACGAAACUAGUAGUCUCGAUUACAAGAAUUUAUCUUCUCAUCAUCUUUACUGGUACAGGAAACGGACUAAAUAAAACAAAUGGAAAUGCAGUUGAGAAAGAAAAGCAGCUGUUGAAAGAAGAAUCGGAAUUCUUAAAGAGCUUGCAAAGUGCUAAGAAGUCGGUCGAUUCAAGAAAUCGAUCCUUGCAGAGAUCGAAGCUUCAUCCCCUAUUUAAGGAAGUGGAAGAUCCGGAUGAUCUUGUUGAUGUCGACAACGACUUAAUCAAACAAUAUCUUACUCAUGUGACUACAGACGUUCCAUUAACUGUAAUGAAUGCUCACACCUCCAUCAUCGAUCCAGUCAUUGAUGGAGUCUACGAAGAUGAGAGGCAAAUAUGGCGCCUCAUGAAUGAAUCUGGCUUAGGUGAAAAGGUUUUUGAUGUUCUUAGAGAUUGUUAA